AUUAAUUGAGCUAUUAAGCUUUGGAUUUUCACUAAAAUCUUUUUGUAAAACAAAAAUACAUAACCCUGACCAUGGCUUUGUUUCACAAAGAUCAUUAAUUAUUCAUUAAGUUAUAAACCGGAUAAUAACGGUCGUCCGGUAGAUUCAACGUUUACUUUGACUAAAAUUCUGUACUAACCCAUGACGUGCCUUCCCGUGAUUGGCUCGGCACUAAGCAUGUCAAAAUAACAAAAAAGGGAAAAUAUCUUUUUUGUCCUUCUUAAAGGAGGAGUGCACUCAAUCGGGUCCUCCGUCUGCAAUGGUCCAUCGUAGUUGACCAUAAUCUGGAGCCAAAGUGAUGCGACAUGGCUCGAACCUGGCUUCAUCUAGCCUCUUCCUUUCUAAUCGUCUGUUCCGUAAUCGGAUUCCAUCUGUCCACUGUCGGUGCAGAAAAUCAUCAGCUACGGCCAAUGGUCCUUCCUCUACAUCUAUCAUCACAUAAUCACUCGCUGCACCGACACGUGGACAAUCUCCGCCGUCAUCUCCAGCAAUCGGAGAUCUCUCGUUCCACUCCAAACGCCCUCAUGAGACUCUACGAUGAUCUUCUCUCCAACGGCUACUAUACGACUCGGCUAUGGAUAGGAACGCCGCCUCAAGAAUUCGCUCUUAUAGUCGACACUGGAAGUACUGUAACUUAUGUUCCUUGCUCCAGUUGUGCACAAUGCGGCAAGCAUCAGGAUCCGAGGUUCCAACCAGAUUUGUCUAGCACUUAUCAACCUGUAAACUGCAAUCCAAGUUGUAACUGUGAUGAUAAGCAAAAACAAUGCACUUAUGAUAGACGAUAUGCUGAGAUCAGUUCCAGCAGUGGGGUGCUUGGGGAGGAUGUUGUUUCUUUUGGGAAUGAAAGUGAACUUGUGCCUCAGCGUGCCAUUUUUGGUUGCGAAAAUAUGGAAACGGGUGAUCUUUACAGCCAAAGAGCUGAUGGUAUAAUGGGUUUGGGUCGUGGGCGGCUCAGCAUUGUGGAUCAACUUGUUGAUAAGGGUGUAAUUAGCAAUUCAUUUUCUUUGUGUUAUGGUGGGAUGGAUGUUGGUGGGGGUGCAAUGGUUCUUGGAAAAAUAACUCCUCCCCCUGAUAUGAUUUUCUCCCAUUCAGACCCUUUCCGCAGCCCAUACUACAACAUUGAGCUUAAGGAUAUCCAUGUUGCUGGAAAGAGAUUGAAGUUACCCGCUGGAGUCUUUGAUGGAAGAUAUGGGACAAUCUUGGACAGUGGAACAACAUAUGCUUACUUUCAGAAAGAUGCGUUUGUUGCAUUUAGCAAUGCUAUCCUAAGGGAAGUUCAUUUUCUCAAAAGGAUCCAUGGUCCUGACCCUAAUUAUGAUGAUAUCUGUUUUUCCGGUGCUGGAAGGGAUGUUUCCCAACUAUCAAAAAUUUUCCCAGAGGUUGAGAUGGUAUUUAACAAUGGAAAGAAGUUAUUACUGUCUCCAGAAAACUACCUGUUCCAGCACACAAAGGUUAGUGGUGCUUAUUGCUUGGGAAUUUUCGCAAAUGCAGAAGCGACUACUCUUUUAGGAGGAAUUGUUGUCCAGAACACCCUAGUCACUUAUGAUCGGGGUAAUGACAGGAUAGGCUUUUUGAAAACUAAUUGUUCUGAACUAUGGAGAAGAGUUGGGUUCUCUGGUGCACCUGCACCAUCUCCUUUAGUCUUCCAAAGCAAGGAUACUAACAUGGAAUUUCCUCCUACACUAGCCCCAAGUGGAUUGCCACCAAAUGUUCUUCCAGGUUCUUUUCAUAUUGGAUUUAUAACAUUGGAUAUGUCAAUUAGCACAAACAAUUCCAACUUGAAGCCCAACUUCAAGGAGCUUGCAGUAUUAAUUUCCCAGGAACUGGAAGUUGUUAAUUCACAGGUUCGCCUGUUGAAUGUCACUUCCAAUGGGAAUGAUUACCUUGUUAGAUGGGGCAUUUUUCCCUCUGCAUCUGCUAAUUAUAUUUCUAAUACCACUGCACUGAGCAUAAUUCUGCGCUUAAGGGAUCAUCGAAUGCAGUUUCCUGAGAGAUUUGGAAAGUAUAAGUUGGUUGAUUGGAAUGCUGAACCUCAAAGGAAGUUCCAUUGGAAUAUGGUUAGUUCAUCGACACAGUCAACAAUCCAUCAAUCGUUAUGAGCCUGUUGGUGCUCCUAAUUCGCAGUAAGAGCUUCAGCCGCUUCAAUCUUAAAUUUUCAUUUGGGCAUAAUCAGCCGCAUAGUUUUCUUGUAUACUGUUUAUCACUUUGCACAGAAUACAUGCUUUCGGAGUUCUCAAACUGAUGAUGAUGGUGCAUCGAAGCCAGAUCAAUACGAGGUGAUGAAAUAAGCAAUCCCCCUGUUGUUGUAAAAUUUUUUUCUUCCAUUUUUAGAAAAAAAAAAUACCACAAGUGCAAAUAGAUCAUAUUUUUUACUGUCAUGUAUGUCCAUAUGUGGAAGAAAUCGCUCUAAGAUCAAGUAAUACAAAACCCAUUUGGGGAAGGAAAUCUAUAUUA